AUGGAGGAGAAAGGUGGGGGAGAUGACGGGGGACUAGGGUAUAAGGAGGUGCUGGAGGGGAGCAGUUCCAGAGCCCUAGGACUCAGCCACCUACAUCGACCAGGAUCUGCGACCAGCUUGCCCAGCAGAGAUGGCUCCAGAAACUCAUCUUUUCUUCUUCCAGGUAUACGAGUCUGUCUUUUGAUCCUCAUCACCUUCGCCUUGCUGGGGCCACAGAGGGCUGCUGCCUUCCCCGCCAUGCCUCUGUCCAGCCUCUUUGCCAAUGCAGUACUCCGUGCCCAGCACCUGCACCAGCUGGUUGCUGACACAUACAAGGAGUUUGAGCGAACCUACAUUCCAGAGGCUCAGAGACAUUCCAUCCAGAGUACCCAGACGGCUUUCUGUUUCUCAGAGACCAUCCCAGCUCCCACUGGCAAGGAUGAAGCCCAGCAGAGAUCCGAUGUGGAGUUGCUUCGUUUUUCCCUUCUGCUCAUCCAGUCUUGGCUCAGCCCUGUACAGUUCCUCAGCAGAGUCUUUACCAACAGCCUAGUCUUUGGUACCUCAGACCGUGUCUAUGAGAAGCUGAGGGACCUGGAAGAGGGGAUCCAAGCUCUCAUGCAGGAGCUGGAAGAUGGCAGUUCAAGAGGUGGUCUAGUCCUCAAGACAACCUAUGACAAAUUUGAUACCAACCUACGCAGUGAUGAGGCACUGCUCAAGAAUUAUGGGCUGCUCUCCUGCUUCAAGAAGGACCUGCACAAAGCUGAGACCUACCUCCGGGUCAUGAAGUGCCGCCGUUUUGUGGAGAGCAGCUGUGCCUUCUGA